AUGGAGCAUCGUCGGGCCGUUAGAAGAUCGGUGGUGCUGCAACAGAGCAUCUUCGGCCAUCGGAGCAUUGCCGGUGCUGCGGUGGAGCAUCGCCGAGCUGCCGGAGGAUCGUGGGAGCAUCAACGAUGCUGUGAUGGAGCAUCGCUGAGCCGCCGGAGGAUUGUCGGAGCAUCGCCGAGCCGUCGGAGGAUUGUCGGAGCAUUGUUGGUGCUGCGAUGGAGCAUCGCCGAGCUGCCGGAGGAUCGUCGGAGCAUUGCCGAGACGCCGGAGGAUCGUUGGUGCGACAGUGGAGCAUCGCCUGGCCAUCGGAACAUCGCAGAAGCAUCGCUGGCGCUGCAAUGA